UAUAUUCAUAAUCUUUGGUCACAUUCACCUGGUAUAUUUGAAGCCAUGAUGCACGGAAAAAUUAGCAUGAAUGACAGCCAACAAGACCAGCCAAUCUGAGGGUGAUUUACGCGUUAACAGGAGCCAAUAGGAGUCGAGUUGGGCGUGAAUGAGAGGUUUUUGUCCACUAGAAAACAUCUGAGAAUCGUGACUCACUGACUGAACGGUUCUUCACGACCGAGACCCAACGCAUUUGGAAUAUAUUGCUUCAUAUUUAUUCAAUAUCUAGCUAGCUGAGUUAUAAACCGUUCCACUAUUUAGCUUGAUAGGAUUGAAAUGUUACAUUUUCGGUCUUCGGUAGUGCUCAAGGAGUUGUUUCAAUCCAACCUGAAGCGCCCUUUGACAGGUAUCGCCAGAAAGACAUCACCAUCAGUCGCGUAUUGCUUUAGCACCGCCUGUACAGAUGUCAGAUCCGUGACCAAAGUAAAGUGUGUCCAGCAUGCGGUUGGAUGGAGAGCUACGCCAUACACUACCAACACCCACGGAACUCGGAACCUCUCCACCAAGAGCCAUAACGGUUCACCGCCAACGGACACCAAAAAUGACACCGCCACCAGCAAUGAAACCGCCACCAAGGAGGCAGCUGCCGAGAAGAGAAGGAAGGCAGGCAUCCUGCCCAGUCUGGAGGAUCUGCUAUUCUAUACCAUCGCCGGGGGCGCUGAAAAAAUCCCAGCUCACAAAUUCACCACAGCGCUGAAAGCCACAGGGCUUCGGACCGGAGACCCCCGGCUGAAGGAAUGUAUGGAGAACCUGAAAGUCAUCAUGAAGACCACCUCAGACGGAAACCUGGACCGACACCUCUUCAAGAAGUGUGUCCAGAGCAACAUCGUGCUGCUUACCCAGGCCUUCAGGAAGAAGUUUGUCAUCCCCGACUUUGUGUCCUUCGCCUCCGAAAUCGACGCGCUCUAUGAGAAUGCCAAAAACCUGGGAGGGGGACAGGUGGCUGACUACAUUCCCCAGCUGGCAAGGUUCAGCCCGGACCUCUGGGCCGUGUCCAUAUGCACUGUGGAUGGACAAAGACACACAGCAGGUGACACCAAAGUCCCGUUCUGCCUGCAGUCGUGUGUAAAGCCGCUGAAGUAUGCCAUCGCCGUGCACGACCACGGGACAGAUUAUGUGCACCGUUUCAUCGGCAAGGAGCCCAGCGGCCUGCGCUUCAACAAACUAUUCCUUAACGAGGAAGAUAAACCACAUAACCCUAUGGUUAACGCCGGCGCUAUUGUGUGCACGUCCCUCCUAAAGCAAGGGGCAAGCAACGCUGAGAAAUUUGAUUAUGUCAUGAACUUCAUGAACAAGCUGGCAGGAAACGAGUAUGUGGGUUUCAGCAAUGCCACAUUCCAGUCAGAGAGGGAGUCUGGGGAUCGGAACUUUGCUAUCGGCUACUAUCUGAAGGAGAAGAAGUGCUUUCCAGAAGGGACAGACAUGACUUCCAUUUUAGACCUCUACUUCCAGCUGUGCUCCAUCGAGGUGACCUGUGAAAGCGCUAGCGUCAUGGCGGCCACCCUGGCCAACGGCGGCUUCUGUCCAAUCACAGGCGAGCGCGUGCUGGGCCCGGAGGCGGUACGGAACACCCUGAGCCUCAUGCACUCCUGCGGCAUGUACGACUUCUCGGGACAGUUCGCUUUCCACGUUGGACUUCCAGCUAAGUCAGGCGUGGCAGGGGGCAUCUUGCUGGUGGUGCCCAACGUCAUGGGUAUCAUGUGCUGGUCUCCGCCGCUGGACAAGCUUGGUAACAGUGUACGAGGCAUCCAGUUCUGCACGGAUCUGGUGUCCCUUUGCAACUUCCACAACUACGACAACCUGAAGCAUUUUGUCAAGAAGCUGGAUCCUCGCAGGGAGGGCGGAGACCAGAGGGUGAAGUCGGUCAUCAAUCUUCUCUUUGCUGCGUACACUGGUGAUGUGUCUGCACUGAGGAGGUUUGCUCUGUCUUCCAUGGACAUGGAGCAGAGGGACUAUGACUCCAGGACGGCCCUCCAUGUGGCAGCAGCAGAAGGACAUGUGGAGGUGGUCAAGUUCCUGUUGGAGGCAUGUAGGGUCAACCCUGUUCCCAAAGACAGGUGGGGUAACACACCGAUGGAAGAGGCAGUGCACUUUGGACACCACGAUGUUGUGACCAUGCUCCAGGACUACAAUAACAAGUACAGUCCACCGGGGGGCGCCACUGAGGACAAAGAGAAGGAGAUAUCGGAGAAGAACAUUGACGGCCUAUUAUAAAAAAAAUGAGCCAACUAAUACUCUUAUUUAUCCAUAGAAAUUAAAUAACUAGAACGGACGUUCCCAUUGAAAUUAUAUAUGUGAUCUGAGAGGCUUGGUCCAUUCCAGUCAUUCUAUUUCUAUGGCCCCAUUAACUAUCUGGAAGAUUUACUGUAAGUGUGUGGUCCCUUUGUCACGUCAGUGGUAGGUCACGUAUACUGUUGAUAAUACUGUAUUGUUGAUUUUGUAUAAAAGUAUUGUAUUUCUGUAUUUUCAAAGACGACAAUGUGUCCAAAAAAUAUAUUUUGACUGACUUUUACCCAGAUGUUUUUUUGGUUGUUUCCUUUUUUAUGUCGUACUGUUCACUCUGCGCAACUCUCCCUCUGUGUGUGUCGGCACUAUGUGGAAUGUAUUUUCUACAUUUAAGUGCACAAAACAUUUCUCUUUAUGUACAACAGUGUGUAAAACCUGAACGUAUGCAUAAGAUAACGUGUACAUUUAUGUAAUGUGUGUAUAUCCCUGAAAUUAAGAGAAUAUCUGAGGUAGAUGGAUUCAGUGUAAAUACUAUUUAUCUGUAGUGAAAUUAAGUGACUCUCUCACUGGCACAGCUUUUGAAGAAAAUUGAUAAAGUCCACACGCUGUGCAGUUAGGCUUAAGUUUGGCUAUAUUGAUGAGGCAGAAUGCGUUAUAUAAACUUUACCACAUGUUCACAGAUCUAGGUAGCCUGGUCACAAAUCUGUUUGUGCUGUAUAUGACACUGGCUAUACAGUUGGCUAUACAGCCCAGACAGAUCUGGGACCAGGCUAUCUAUGGUUUAGGACCUCUGGUCUUUUGAUUUUGGCCUAGUAGCUUCAUAUGAAUUGAAAAUAUGGCAUUAUGUGGAGUGAGUUUUGUUUUGCUGGUUUGCUAUUUGAUAGCUAGACAUUUUUGCACAUUUUUCUUCAAAAUGACAAAAGUUGUUUUUUCUUGAUUGUUCUAUAGUCUUAUUUAAAUUUUGAGUAGGAAGGGGUUUAUUUAUUUAAGUGUCAGCCAAAGCUGUUGUGUACGUUUGCUCCACCUGAUAAUAAAGUCAAGUCGGCAACUUUAAAAAAGAGAACAUAUCAUAAGUGAGCCGCCUAAUGCCCUGCAGAAGGUGUGGAGCCAUGGCACAAAACCCACAGUCUGAGUUUCUCAGGAGCAAUACAAUACAAUUCAACCAGCAGCCAUGUGCUCUUUACAGACAGGUUUCCCACCUAUGCUAAUUCAAAUUUUAGGGUAAAACAUAAAACCCUUCGAAACAUUGAUUUAUCACUUCAUGGAUACAGCAGUGUCAAUGGCGUUACUAUCAUGUCUUAUCACACAAGUUUACUUAUUUGUCAGCUAUAUGGUUUUACAUGGAUUUUAUCUUCAGUUAUAGACAGUUAUUGACAGUGCAUUACACUUUAAUGAAUGUUUUUAGUUCGGAACAACUCCACAAUGGUGGACUUUAAAUCUUGCCAUACUUACCCAAAAGCCUAUUUUGGGUAGAGAUAAAAUAGUUGUCAUUAUAGGCCUAAGCAGAACACUAAGACUAUCCUACACAUAACUAAUGGAGCACUUUUUAUGCAGAUACGCACAUUGAUUGUUUGACUGUUUAGAGUGUAAAAUAAAGGUAUUGAAAAGUCAGGUUGUUUUGGUGAGAACUAGUCUGUUUGUGUGUAUAUAUGUUUGUGUCAUUGACUAUGGGAGGGACAGCAACUACAAAUCUGGUAAUGACAGAGGGCAUUGCAUUCAAAAUCUCAAGCCCUACACUAUUGUACUAAAAGUACUCAGGCAACGUACUUGUGAUUUGAUGAAUGAAUAUGAUAUUGUUAUUGAAUAACUCAUCUCAAGUGUUUAGUGUUGCUUUCAUUGGAUUUGACUUGACUUUGUAUCCCCAGUCCCUGUUGCACAAGAAGCCUCGUAUGUAUGAGUGUUUAUUGUUCAUCUGUGUAGGUGCAGGUCAACUUCAACAUUAACUAAUUAUUUUGAAUGUACCACAGGUGUAUACUGAUGUCAUCAGUUUGUUUGUUUUCAUUCAAGUAUAUCUGCUUCAGCUGUGUGUUGCAGGCAAUGGAGAUAUAUUUAUUUCAAUGAUCAAACAAUAAAUAAAGAUACAACUUUAAA